AGGUAGCUCAAAUUGCUUCCAUCCCUAGUCCUGGCUUUGUUUUUUUUUGAAUGCUUGCAAUUGGAUUUCUGGAUCUUUAGCGGGAACCCAAACGCAAGAUGGACUUAAAUACGCCCCUGCCGCGACGUAACAAGGAUCUGAUGGCCGCAUUAGAUUCCGACGAAGACAGUAAUACGCCUUUCAACCAAAAACGAUCGGAGGCUCGGGGAGCGGCAAUGCACAUUAAGGAUAAGCUCAGGGGCAAGGAGAACGAGCCACUUUCGAAUAUGCCCAUGGAAAUGCUACCUCGUCGAGCUUCUGAACUGAUGAUGCUGGACUCUGACAGCGAAGAGGAUGACAACAAGAGUAAUCAGAACCUUAACUGCGCCAUCUUAAACGACUCCUUUGUGCUGAGCCCAACUCACGAGCUUACGGGCAGUACCGGCACCAUUUCCGCCUCUCGACCCUCCUCUGCCGCUCCUCUCAAGCAGUCCGAUUCGAAUCUUUCGUUUCUCGGCCGGUUUGGUAACAUGGGCCUCAAUUGUAGCGGUCAGAAAUCCCCUCCAGCGGCUCAAGUGACUACGAAAGCGCCACCACCUACGAUAAAAUCCAUUGCCGAGAGACGGCAACUUCUAGAUACUGAGACGCCGUUGCGAAAGGGCGUCACCUCCACCUCAUCCUCCGUGACUGCUAUGAAGUCACAGGUUAAGCCGGAGGCAGACUUUGUAACUCCACAAGUUCGCACAAUAGGAUCCACGCAGGCUGGAAAGAGUCGGGUAGCUGUGACCAAUGAGUUUCGCUCCCAGAAGGUACUUUUCCAGACUCCCAUGACUGUGAGCCGGGCUGCUCCUUUUCCCAGUGACAGUAUUAAUUUCUCCUUGUGCGAUACGAUCAGUGAAAGUCCCGACAUUCCAGAGCCGAAAAAGGAAGACCCGCAGAGCGGCAAGUCCAAAAAGUCUCUGGACUUCUCGGAGGUUGAAAAGGAGAAACAAGUAGUUCAGCCCAAACUAGAGACAAUCGAACCGGCCAAAGAGCUGAUCUCAGUGCCCAUAGUCACGGCUGAUCCGAAGCCAUCCACCCAAUCCAUUGCGAAACCAUCAAGCACACUAAAGAUUAAGAACCACGAGUAUGUGAUUGUCAAGAAGCUGGGAUGCGGGGGCUCCAGUUCUGUUUAUUUAGCCCGGCGAUCGGACACCGGGGAAGAGUUCGCUCUGAAGGUAGUGGAUCUGCAGGCCGAUCCCCAAGUGGUGCAGGGCUAUCUGAACGAGACCAAGCUUCUGGCUAAGCUUCAGGGAAACGCUUGUGUUGUGGCGCUCUAUGAUUAUCAACUGCUACGGGAGGAGCUUAAAUUGUACAUGGUAAUGGAAAAGGGCGACUGCGACCUCAACAAGAUCCUCCAAAACUACACCACCAACUUGCCGCUAUACAGCUUAGUGAACAUUCUGUACCAAAUGCUGCAGGCUGUCAACUACAUUCACCAAAACGGGGUAAUUCACUCGGAUCUGAAGCCAGCCAACUUCUUGAUGGUCAACGGGCGAUUGAAGCUCAUUGAUUUCGGAAUUGCCAGCAACAUUGCGGUGGACUCGACGAGCAUCAUUAAGUUUUCGCAGGCCGGCACCUUCAACUACAUUAGUCCUGAGGCGUUAACGGACACCUCCACGGGAAACAGUCCGAUGCGACGGGGUAAUCAGCCAAAGAUUAAGAUAUCCACCAAGUCGGAUGUGUGGUCGCUGGGCUGCAUCCUGUACCUGCUUAUAUAUCAGAAGACUCCCUUCGGUCAUAUACGAAAUGUCUACGCCAAGAUGAGUGCAAUUGCGAGUCCGGCAACCAGCAUAGAGUAUCCUGCACUACCGCCCUACUAUCCAGAUAUGCUGAUUCAAAUGGUCAAGAAAUGCCUGCAGUUGAAUCCCAAGAGGCGACCAUCUUGCACUGAACUUCUGCAGUAUCCAUUCCAUAUGCUCAUUCCCCUUCAGAACCUCCAGAUACCCGGCAGAACAACCGCCGCCGCAUCCAACAACUAGCCAGUAAGCUCGAAGGGCGAAUAAAAAAUAAUGAUGGUCGAAUGUCUUUCUCAUAUGUGUGUGUAUGUAUUUAAUUCUCAUUUAUCGUAAAUUAUACAUCAUAAAUCAUUAUAAUGCAGCUAUAGCUCA